CAGGAAGUGGAUUCUGUAAUUUCACGAGGUUUAUUUUGAAGGAGAAGAAGGAGCUUUUAAUUUGAAGCUCUUGGUUGUAUUUUCCGGUAUCCUCCUGAUCCUGUUGUGUAGUUCCUGAUGUGAUUCUGAAUGACAGUGCGUAGGCUCCCCUCUGUUUCACGGAGCACAGUGGGUGUCCAUUCUCUCGGGGAGGUGAAGUCGGUGUCGUGAUGUCUUCCCACAGCGGAGCAAGUGGAGGGAUUCACGGUCUCCUCCUCAAACUUCACGAGUCUCUCUCAGACGAAGACAGCCGAUCCGCGGCUUUGACAUGUCAAGAUAUAGUGGGUGACUUGGGGCACGAGUGCAUGUUAACAUCCACCGAAAAUGAGCUGGUUUUACAGACAUCCUUGUUGUUCUCCAAGGACGACGGUCUGCUCAGCUUCCUUAGGAAGUCCAUGCAGUCAGAUGAGCUCAGGGACACUCGAGUCAAGAUCCUGCUAUUUUUGGGAACAUUCUUGGACAACGUUUCGUUCAGAGUCAAAGGUUGGGAGAAGACAUACGCCAUCGACCUGAAAGACACAUGCAUGGUUGUGUAUAUUAAGGACAAAUUGGCUAAAUGUAGGACUCCAGUGCUUGAGCUUCUCAUUAAGGUUCUCCAAAAAACAAAGACCUCGAGUGUGGCUGCAGAUUUUAGAAUCGGUGAUAUGUUCACCAGAUUCUACAGCGAGCUUUGUCAGAAGAGCAAACUACCAGACUCAGUUCUUGGCAAAAUUUACGAGUUGCUGGGAGUUCUUGCAGAGGUUCAUCCUAGUGAGAUGGCCAACAACUCUGACAAACUCUACAAAGCUUAUCUAGGGGAGCUGAAGGACCAGAUGAUGUCUUCAACAAAGGAACCAAAACUUGUUGUUGUUGCUGGAUGUUUGACAGGAAUCAGUGCUCUAAUGGUCAACUUCACUAAAACCAUGGAAGAAGAUCCAGCAACAUGUCAAGAGAUUUUUCAGUUUGCUCUGAAGGCGAUCAGUCCCCAGAUGACAAUGACUCGCUAUGCCGUCACAUUUGCUGGACUGAGGUUAUUAGGCAGACAUGCGUCCCAGUUCAGCAGCUGCCUGAUGGAUCACUACAAGACUCUGUUUGACAUCAUGUCCAAGCUCUGCGGACACAUCAACGCUGAGAUGAAGAAGACGAGUUACUAUGCACUUGAGGCCUUCCUCAAACAGGUUGCAAUGCUGGUGGCUGACAACACGGAGGAGCAUAAAAGUAAGCUGAAGUUCUUCAUGCAGAAGUUCUGCGGGAUCAUAAAGACCAUGGAGUCCACACAAAAAGAGCUUUCCAUCGCCAUUCGUGGAUACGGAUUCUUUGCAGCUCCAUGCAAGAAAGUUUGCCCACAAGACGUGGACCUGAUGUACACAGAGCUGAUUCAGCGCUGUAAGCAGAUGUACCUGACGGAGUCUGAAGGGGAGGAUGACAGCUUCUACCAGCUGCCCAGCUUCUUGGACUCCAUAGCCAGUGUCCUGAUUCACCUGGACAAGGUCCCAGAAGUGUACACGCCUCUGCUCGAGCGUCUCCUUGUGGUGCAGAUUGACACUUUUCCUCAGUACAGCGAGAGAAUGCAGAAAGCUUGUUGCAGGUCCAUCCUGAAGGUGCUGGUGGCCAUAGCCUCAAAAGGACCUGUGCUGUGGAGUUUUAUUGGCUCAGUGGUGCACCAGGGCUUGAUCCGAGUGUGUUCGAAACCCAUCAUGCUCCCUGAGAACAAUGAAGAUGGAAAAGAUAACUCUCAGUCUUCCCAAGUUCGUACUGGAAAGUGGAAAGUUCCAUCGAGUGAAAACUACCUCGGCCUGUUCAAAGAACUUUUAGACUGUGACCAUUUAAAGGAUUCAGGGUUCUUGGAUGGAGCUUUUCAAAGUCAGAACUCUGCUCUCGUGUCACUGAGCCGCCUCCUCUAUGAUGAGUUGGUGAAAUCGAUUCUCAGAAUUGUGGAGAAGUUGGACUUGUCUGUGCAGAAAGUGGCCACAGGCGAGGAGGCUCCAGACGACACCGCCCACGCCCUGCCCUCUUCUGACCCCACGGCUCAUCUGCUGCCCAAUCGGGUCAAAGACUUCACGGCCUUCAUCAACCUGGUUGAAUUCUGCAGUGAGCUGUUGCGAACUAAACAUGUGGAGUAUUUUGAGUCCUGGAUGUAUCCCCUAAGCCAUGAACUCAUCCUCCACUCCAUACGCAACCCACUUGUCAGUGGCUUUUACAAGCUGCUCUCUGUCACCAUGAAAAUUGCCAAGAGAAUCAAGUACUACCAGGGAGUUGGCCUAAGAAGCUCGACAUGCCCUCAGAGUGACUCGGUGAAAAGUGCUUGUUUUGCACUCCUCUCAAAGUUUGGAAAAGAGGUGUGUGUGAGAAUGAAGCAGUACAAAGACGAGCUGCUGUCGUCCUGCUUGACAUUCGUCCUCUCUCUGCACCACAACAUUGUGGCUGUGGACAUCAAGGCCUACUGUCCUGCUCUGGAGGCGGCUCUGAAACUGGGUCUGAGUCAUGCUCCUUUGGCCAACGCAGCCUUAGAUGCUCUUGAGGACUGGUCCUCCCACCUUCCUCUGGAAACUCUGCAGUCCUGCUACACCAACAUCCUCCCUCUUCUGGACGGAUACCUGAAAACCACCUCCGGCAACAACAAAGAUGAUGGCAGCUGGGAAGUGAUGUCUUCGUCUUCAAGAAGCGACAGAGGAUACGGCAAAGUGAUGACGAGGCUUCUGAAGCAAUCCAAACAGUUCACUAUGGAAGAUGCUCCUCUUGUCGCGGUGAGGCUCCGUGUGGUGAAACUGCUCGGUCACCUGGGAGGAAAGCUGAACAGGAACCUCGUAAAUGUGGUCUCCUCUGAGGAAACGAUGAAGAAAUUUGUUGCCUGGGACACAGAGAAGAGGCUGAGUUUUGCCGUGCCCUUCGCCGACAUGAAGCCAGUCAUCUACCUCGACCCAUUUCUGCCCCGCAUCAGCGAACUGGCUCUGUCCACAAGUGACAGACAAACCAAAGUGGCAGCGUGUGAGCUGCUCCACAGCUUAGUGGUCUACAUGGUUGGGAAAAGUGCUCAGAUGGUGGAAGGGAAGAGUAGUUUGCCACCUAUGUACAAACUGCACAAGAGGUUAUUUCCGGUUCUACUGCGUCUGGCCUGUGAUGUUGAUCAGGUAACCAGGCAGCUCUUUGAACCACUGGUCAUGCAGCUGAUUCACUGGUUCACCAACAACAAGAAAUUUGAAAGCCAGGACACGGUAGCUGUUCUGGAGGCCAUACUGGACGGCGUGGUUGACCCCAUGGACAGCACCCUGCGAGACUUCUGUGGCCGCUGCAUUGAAGAGUUUGUCAAAUGGUCAAUCAAACAAACCACCCCCAAGCAGCAGGAGAAGAGCCCCACUAAUAUGAAGUCGUUGUUUAAGCGGAUCUACAGCUUGGCACUGCACCCGAAUGGCUUCAAAAGACUUGGCGCUGCGUUAGCUUUCAACAGUAUCUACAGACAUUUCAGGGAAGAGAAUUCCUUGGUGGAGCAGUUUGUCUUUGAAGUCCUUGUAGUAUUUGUCGAAAGUCUGGCCCUUGCUCACUCAGACGAGCGUUCAAUGGGUUCACUGCAGCAGUGUAGAAGUGCCAUCGACCAUCUGAAAAGAAUCAUCAAAUACAAGGCUCCCAGUCUCAGUCAGCACAAUGUCAAGAGACGUGUUCCAAGGGGCUUCCCUCCUGAUGAAAAGCUCCUCCUCUCUGAUGUGGUUUUAUGGCUGCUGGAACAAUGUGGCCGCCCUCAGACUGAGUGUCGCCACAAAUGCAUGGAGCUCUUCUAUGAGUUUGUUCCUCUGCUUCCAGAAAAGCCAUCUCCAUCUCAGUGGCUGGACGCUAUGCUGAAAGAUAACGGUGUAAGCUUCCUGAUCUCGCGGUUUGAGGGUGGAGGGCUCCUCGCUCAGCCCACUCUCAGGGACCUGACCGGUCCUUUCAGUGUCCGAGCCACGCUGCAGUGGAUGGAUCUGCUGCUGGCUGCUCUGGACUGCUACAACACCUUCAUCAGCUUACACAUCAUCAAGCCUCAGCACAUGCUAAGCUCGAAAGACAAGUCAAGCUUUCUGAAAUCCACACAUUUCUUUUUGACCGAGCUUGCGACCCAUGACCUGGCGGCCGCCGAGAGCUGUUUCCCUCUCAGGGAGCGGAGUUCUCACUUCAGCCCGAGAGAGGUGGACCAGUACAACUACAGCAAGUGCACCAUCACUGUUCGCUUGCUGGAAUUUGCCACAAUGAUCCUUGUCAAGGGAGACCCGGAGUUUAUUAAGCUUUUGGAACAAGAUGUGUUUUGCGCAGUUUUCUUCGAUUUGACUGCACUGGUGGUGUGUGAACCAUCCACUGUUGGUUUUAACAUGGCCGAUGUGGAGGUAAUGAAGAACCUACCAGAAGUGUGUGUUCCUCUACUGAAGGCCUUGCUGAACUCAACAUACCGCACUCGUCUUGAAAGCAGCCUGCGAACAAAGAUCACACGGACAAGUGUAGAGGAGUUGUGUGCUGUAGACUUCUACAGUUUAGGCACCGUGAGCCACCAUGAGCAGAUGGAAAUGCUUCUGUCCUCAUGUAAACAGAUCAACAAAGCUGACUUCCUCAGCUCCAUCCUGCACAGCCAGGAUCCAGCAUAUGUCAAAUCCCUCGGGUCCAGACUUCUAAUGACGGUGUAUAAAGGCAUAGCACCUGGCGAGGACAGGAAGGCUCUUCCAUCACUGGACGUAAACACCAGGAGGGUUGCAGAUGGCCUGCUUCAGCUUGCUUUUUCUCUCAGUCAGCAGAGUGAGCAGCUGGUGGACUUGCUGUUGAACACCAUCACACUAUCUGUGCCAAUAUCUGGAAGUCACACCAAAAAUGUCCUGAACUUCUCCCACGGCGAGUACUUCUACAGCCUCUUCAACAUGACCGUCAACACCGAGCUGCUCCGAAGUCUUGACACCGCAGUUCCACGCCUCAUGACCGCUUCCUCCCAAAAUCCUGCUAUGGUGAGUGUGUUGCUGAAUGGCAUGCUGGACCACAGCUUUAGAGAGCGCUCGGUGAGGAAGACCCAGGGAAAACAGCUGGUUGAAGAGGUGCUAAGAAGGUGGAGCAGUCUGCAGUCAUGGUGGGAAGGAGACUCUUCCACCCCAGAGAGCAAAACUGCUACUCUCUUACUGCUCUCCAAGCUCCUGCAGAUCGAUUCUUCUGUUUGUUCCAAUGUCAACCACGAAGCAUUCAGACAGGUGUUUUCCACUUUCACUGUGCUGCUGAUGGACAUGAAUCUGCCACUGAAUCUCAAGAGUCAGGCUCUGUUGGUGUUGCCCUUCUUCACAAUCCUCCCAGAUGAGCCGCUGGCUGAGCUGCAGAGAGCUCUUGACGCCCUGGUGGUGUCGCACUUCCCCAUGCAGUCUGAUGAGUUUGCUAAAGGCUCACUGCACCGCAACAACUACAUGGACUGUGUUCGCAAGAUGCUCGAUGCCCUGGAGCUUUCUCAGAGUCCUCUUCUGCUCAAAGUGCUGUCAGGGAUUCUGUGUCGAGACAGAAAACACAUCAUGGAGGAACAGUUCCAAACCUGUUUCCAAAGAGUGAUGAAGCGGUCGAGCAGAGAGCGGCAGCUCCAGCUGCUCUGUACAGUGUAUGGAGUAAUCCAGCAGGGAGAUGUGCCGGUGAACUCCAUGCUGCAGGCCAUGAUGGAGAGAGUUUUACUCCCGCUUGCCUCUAACUGCAGCACAGCGGCGCUCGUCGACUUCUUUGUGGCCAACGUCUCUGACAUCAUUGCUUUGCUGCUCAGUCGCCUGACCAAGUCGAGUGAAACGGCAUUUGAGCUCCAGUUGCUGAAGAAGAGCGGCUGUUACAAGCUGAUCGAGCUGCUAUAUUCUCGGCUUCCCAAGGAAGAGGUUUACUCCAAGGAGUCCCGCAUUAAUCAAGCCUUCUGUCGCUCAGACAAAACUGAGGGGAAUGAGAUGUCCAAGACGUUGAUCAAGUCCUGUUUUGAAGCUUUCACUGAGAACAUGGCUGGCGAGACUCAGCUCCUGGAACUCAGGAGACAGAACCACUGUGCCGCGUAUAACUGUGCCAUCGCCGUCAUCAGCUGCAGCUUCAACGAGGCCAAGUUCUACCAGGGCUUCCUCUUCAAUGAGAAAGCAGAGAAGAAUCAGUUUAUUCUGGAAAAUAUCAUAGAUGUUGGCAGGACGUACAACUUUCCAGUUGAGAUCGAGGUCCCACUUGAGAGAAAAAAGAAGUAUGUUAUGAUUCGAAAAGAAGUCAACGAGGAGAGUGGAGAAGCACCGGUUUACUUGUCGUCCCAGUCAUACAUGGCCGACAGCAGCCUGAGUGAGGAGAUGAGUCAGUUUGAUUUCUCCACCGGGGUGCAAAGCUUUUCCUUCAGCUCCCAAAACCCAGAGGGAACCAAACGGAGCGUGGCGAGAAAAGAGACAGAGGAGACGAGUCCCUCCCAGGAUGCAAUGGUGGAUCUAGAAAUGGAUGAGCUGAAUCAGCAUGAAUGCAUGGCAACCAUGACGGCUCUUAUUGGACACAUGCAAAGAAACGGCAUAACCCCCAAAAUUGAACAGGGAAACAUGCCAAGUGACCUUCCUCCGUGGAUGAAAUUUCUUCAUGUCAAACUUUCAAAUCCAGCGACGCCGCUGAAUAUUCGACUCUUCAUUUCGAAGCUGAUCAUCAACACAGAGGAGGUGUUUCGACCAUAUGCCAAACACUGGCUGGGGCCACUCCUGCAGCUCGUCGUCUCUGGAAAUAAUGGAGGAGAGGGGAUCCAUUUCAUGGUGGUGGAUAUUGUGGUCACUGUGCUCUCUUGGAUAAGUCUGGCCAGUCCCAAGGGUAACCCCAGAGAUGAGAUUCUCGCCAACCGGCUGCUGGAGUUCCUGAUGAAGCACAGCUUCCACUCAAAGAGGGCUGUUUUCCGACACAACUUGGAGAUCAUUCGUACUCUGGUGGAGUGCUGGAAGGACUGUCUGCAUGUGCCUUACAGUGUGAUUUUUGAGAGAUUUUGUGGCACCGACCCAAACAGCAAAGACAACUCAGUGGGACUUCAGCUGCUGGGAAUCAUCCUGGCCAACAACCUCCCCGCUUAUGAUGCUUUAUGUGGAAUUGAAUAUGAGAGGUACAUCAACUCUCUCACCAACAACUUGUCCUUUGUAAAGUAUAAAGAUGUCUAUUCGGCUGCUGCUGAAAUUAUCGGCCUCAUCCUGAAGAACAUGACUGAAAUGGAGAAUGAACAUCUGCAACUUCUCAGUCUUGCUGCAACGAAGAUUACAAACCUGAAGAAAAAUAACAUGGAUGACAAGUUUGUUAUUUGCUUGAACAAAGUGUCAAAACACUUUCCCCCAUUUAUGGAUCGGUUUGUCAAUCAUGUGUUUUCCCUCCUGCCGAGGCUGCAUGGCAUCUUAAAGACUGAUUGUUUGGAGUGCGUGUUGAGCCGCGCUGAAGUGAUCCCGGACAUCUUCAUGCAGCUCAAGGUCACAGGCUUCAUUCAGAUGAUGGGCCACAGGGACGAAGCAAGACAGAGAGUGUGUCUGGAUAUUAUCCACAAGAUAAUUGGCCUGCUGACUCCCGUUCAGCUACAGGAGUUCCUGGGAGCCGUCACAGCUUUUGUGUCCCACCCUUCACCCGUGUGCAGAGAGAGGAUGUAUGCUAUCCUCAUGUGGAUCCAGGACAAUUACAGUGAUGCAGAGAGCAUGGAAGACAACACCUCGGUAGAGGUUUUGAAUGCAGCUAAAGAAACACUACUCCACGGACUGUCUGAAGAAAACCAAGGCCUCCAGCUUUAUGUCCGUAACUUCUGGAGUCAGGAGAAGCGCCUUCCCACCGCGACCCUUGACCGGAUGUUGGCGGUGCUUCAGUCCCUGUACUCGUGUCAGAUAGAAAGGUGUUUCUUAAGCUUGGUGACCAAUCUGCUGCUGGAAAUGACCAGCCAGAGUCCUGACUUCACACGAAGCAUGUUUGAGUAUCCUCUGUCUGAGUGUACUUUCCAGGACUAUGUUAUUGAUUCCAACUGGCGCUUCAGGAGCACAGUGAUGACUCCGAUGUUUGCUGAAACCCAAACCUCUCAAGGCCUGGAGAGUGCAACAGCGACCCAGACUGGAGCCAUUAAGGGGAAGCUCAGAGCCACUCAGACUUCCCUGGAGUUUACUCAAACCCAAACAUCAGGUCGAGGCAUGGCGUAUAACUGGCUGACAGGCAGCAGUGUGGAUACACUAGCAGAGUACACGCCGGGCUCCGAGUCGCUGUCUUCACUGUUGGUGUUUGAUAAGAAAGCAGAGAGGCGAAUGGCAACAAGAAGACAUGUCGGGGAAGGAUUCGGCCUGAAGCGACUUGCUGCGCCAACCGAUGAGUUGGACAGUCGCACAAGAGCAGCGAAUGAACAACGCAACAACAUCCUGAGACUGAGGCGCCGAUUUCUCAAGGAUCAGGAGAAAGUCAGUUUGAACUAUGCACAAAGAGAGAUCCAACAGCAGAAGCAGAAAAAGGUGGAGAAGUCUGAUCAAAGGCUGCGAAAAGAGGCUCAGGUGACUCUCUAUCGUAGCUACAGAGUGGGAGACUUUCCAGACAUCCAGAUCCCACACAGCAACCUCAUCGCCCCCCUACAGACACUAGCCCAGAGAGACCCACUUUUAGCCAAACAGCUCUUCAGCUCCCUGUUUGCUGGUGUCCUUCAUGAAAUGGAUAAACUCAAAGGAGGAGAGAGUGCGAGGAUUAAAGAAGAGCUUCGGUGCAAAAUGAACACGUUCCUGAGCAAGAGCACACUGUGCUUCCCUCCGUUCGUAGCCUGUGUUCAGGACAUGUGCCGCCAACACAGGGAGCUGCAGCAGCUCGAUCCAGCAGCCAUCAGCUCCACAUGCCUGGUGAGCCUCCAACAGCCAUCAGGCAUUCUGCUGCUGGAGGAGAGCCUGUUGCACACUUGUGUCAAAGAGGAACCUCCCGCCAAACGGUCAAGAGGACGCAGGGAAAUCCCACCAGACACUAAUAAAUGGAUCCACCUUGCGAGGCUUUACAGGUCGUUGGAGGAUUACGAUGUUGUGCGCAGCAUCUUCGGUAGUAAAGUUGGGACCAAGUCGAUCACCUGUGCCGCGCUUGAAUCCGAAGCCAACGCCGACUUAGCAGAAGCUGUGAAGCUUUACAAUGAGGCCAUCAACACUGAGGACUGGAGAGAUGGUGAGCCCACUGACGCAGAGAAGGAUUUCUGGGAAACUGCCGCCAUGGAGGCCUACAGUCAGUUGACUGAGUGGAAAUCUCUUCAGUAUUGCUCCACUGUGAAUUUAGAUGAAAACUCCCCACCCAACCUGGAGAAGGUGUGGUCAGAGCCUUUCUACCAGGAAAUGUACCUACAGCACAUGAUUCGCAGCAUGCUGAAGCAGCUGCAGCAGGGCGAGCGGGACCAAACUCUCCUCACCUUUGUCGACAAAGCCAUGAGAGUGGAGGAGAGCAAGAAACUCCUGGAAAGUCAUUACAGCCAGGAGCUCAGCUUGCUCUACAUCCUGCAGGAGGACUACGACCGCGCUAAAUACUACACCAAAUAUGCCAUGCAGCUCUUUAUUGAGAGUUACUCCAGUGUGGAUACACUCCUUACUCAAAGUCGACUGACCAUCCUGCAGUCAGUGCAGGCCUUAACUGAGAUCCAGGAUUUCCUGCUCUUCAUCACAGGAGAGGUGUCUGUGAGUGCCCUCAAACGCCUCAUCAGAUUAUGGACUGAGCGGUAUCCUGAUGCUAAAGUAGAUCCAAUGAACGUAUGGGACGAUAUCAUUACAUCUCGAUGCUUCUUCUUGGACAAGAUCAGGGAAAAGCUCAGAGGCCACGCUACUACUGACAGUAUGGAGGUUGAUGGUUCGGAGGACCCGGCAGGGGAGGUCGACAUAUUAGUAAAUGACUGCAAGUUCAACAUGAAGCUACAUAUGGCUAAUAGUGCACAGAAACAGAAUAACUUUGCCGUCGCUACUAAGCUGCUGAAGGAACUUCACAGAGAAGCCAAAACAAACAGAAGCUUGUUGUUGCCGUGGGUGCACAGUUUUAGCCACUUCAGCCAUAAACGCUGCCAGACUCAGGGUCCUGUGGAGCAAAUCAGUAACAUGCUAAAGACUAUCCCUCUCCUGGAGGACCUUCAGUCGGACUGCGAGAGAGCCACAGCCAAAGUAUUCAGAUAUCAAAAGACGCUCCAGGGUACGUCCUUCGACAUCCUGGCCACAGCUGUGAGCAGAAGCCCCUCAGUCCUGGGAACUAUUGAUGCUGAUAAAGCAGCGAGAGUUGUAGAGCUUUCUGGAGCUGCUUUGUCCAAUAAAAAUCCAAAGAAAGUUGAAGUGGGGCUGCAGCUACGAGCACUGAAGCUGCUGUGCGGUGCCACCAGAAAGGCUGAUGAAGAACUUCAGUCUUACACUCAGGAGUGUGUGGAAAGUAGCAGCAUCUCUGAGACGUACAUGACUCUGGCAAAUUUCUGUGACAAACGACUUCGUGACGAGGAGCAGGGUGAUGCCGCAGCAAGCCAGUUCCCAGACCUCCUGGCUCUUCCUGUUCAUGUCGUGGAGAGCAUGCUGAAAGCGCUGAAGAUGAACUCUGAGGAAGCUCGUCUCAAGUUUCCACGUCUGCUGCAGGUCAUUGAGUUGUACCCGUCCGAGACGCUGGACCUCAUGACAAAAGAGAUGACAUCAGUUCCCUGCUGGAUGCUGAUCGGCUGGAUCAGUCAAAUGGUUGCCCUGUUGGACAAGCCAGAAGCCGUGGCAGUGCAGCAUUGCAUUGAGCGGAUAGCAGAGUGCUACCCUCAGGCCCUGGUUUACGCUCUCAUGAUCAGCAGCGAGAGUUUCCAGUUUGAGGACUCGGCCACAGGACACCGGCAGCAGGAAUUUGUCAACAGACUCCGGAGCAUGCUGGAUGAGAGAGGAGCUGUGAAGAAAUUUGUGGAUGCACUGCAGCAGCUCACAAAUCCUGACAUGAUCUUCAGGGACUGGUGGGAUUAUGUGAAAAAUGAAAUGGAAAAACCGAGCUUCAACAAGGAGCAGAUGGGCAACAUGUAUGACGAGAUGCGCUCUUCGCUCGGGGAUCGUGACAAACCUGGUCACGGGGCGUUUCGCAAGAAAUUCAUCCAGAAGUUUGCUAAAGAUGUGGAGAAUCUGCUUGGAUCUAAAGGCAGCAAACUGUUUGAGAAGAGGAAAAGCAAAGACUUUGUCCGGCAGGUGGAGCAACUGGCCGGAAAUAUGCGUGAUGUUACCACCAACAAGGCGGUACCACCCGGGAACCUGAAGGAAUACUCCCCCUGGCUAAGUGGAUUUAAAGCAGACCCAUUCAGUAAUGAACUGGAAAUCCCAGGACAGUACGAUGGCAGAUCUAAACCUUUGCCUGAGUAUCAUGCGAAAAUAACAGGCUUUGAUGAAAGGGUGAAAGUGAUGACCUCCAUCCGUCGUCCCAAACGUCUGAUCAUCCGAGGGGAUGAUGAGCGCGACCACCCUUUUCUGGUGAAGGGCGGGGAGGACCUGCGUCAGGACCAACGCAUCGAGCAGCUCUUCUCCGUCAUGAACAUUUUGCUGAGUCACGACGCCGCCUGCACACGCAGGGGCUUGCAGCUCCGCACCUACCAGGUCAUUCCCAUAAACACGAGAAUCGGUCUAAUUGAAUGGAUGGAGAAUACGACGACUCUCAAGGAGUUCCUGAACAGCACAAUGACUGAUGAUGAACAGCAGAGUGCAAAGAGGUGUCCUGAAGUCUACAACACAUGGCUGUCAACCUUUGAGCCACAGAAGGGUGUUGUGUCGUAUAGUUGUGCUUACAGGAAAGCGAAACGUGCCGACGCAGUCAACAACUUUUUGAAAGUGUUGCAGCAUGUGCCCAGUGAUCUGCUGAGGAGAGCUUUCCUGAAGAUGUGCAACAGUCCCGAGGCCUUUCUUUUCCUGCGCUCUCACUUCAUCAGCUCUCAUGCUUUGCUGUGUGUCAGCCACUGGAUCCUGGGCAUCGGAGACCGGCAUCUCUCCAACUUCAUGAUCAACAUGGAGACGGGAGGCAUGAUUGGCAUCGACUUUGGUCAUGCAUUUGGUUCAGCCACACAGUUCCUUCCUGUCCCGGAGCUCAUGCCUUUCCGCCUGACCAGACAAUUUGUGAAUCUGAUGCAACCCUUGAAGGAGUCGGGUUUGAUCCAGAGCGUCAUGGUCCACUCACUGCGUGCCUUCAGGUCCGAGCCAGAUCUUCUGCUGAACACCAUGGACGUGUUUGUCAAGGAGCCUUCGCUGGACUGGAAGAACUUUGAGCUGAAACAACUGAAGAAAGGAGGCACAUGGACAGAAAACACAAACACCAAAGAAAUCAACUGGUACCCGUUACAGAAGGUGAACUUCGCCAGAAGGAAACUAGAAGGAGCGAAUCCAGCUACGAUCACCAGUGAGGAGCUGAAGCUGGGCUUCGAGAAGGACGCUGCCUUCCAGGGAAUGCAGUCUGUGGUCUUGGGAACAGAGGAGCACAACAUCCGUGCAAAACUUCCAGCUGCAGACUUGUCAGUGGAGAAGCAGGUGGACUGUCUUAUUGACCAGGCCACAGAUCCAAAUGUUCUUGGCAGGGUUUGGGCGGGCUGGGAGCCAUGGUUCUGAGUCUUGGAUUAGUGGAAGAUUUCUUCAUCGUAAUGGAUCGCACAAAUGUGUAGAAAAUAUGAAGGAAAAGAU